AAGCGCCCAAAAAGUGGCCGGAUCAAAAGCCCAAAAGAAGAGAAGCACCGCGAAAGCCGCGUCUGGACCAUGCCGGAGAUGGAGUGCGACCCCUCUUCGGCCUUCUUCGGGUUUAUGGGCGUCACCUCCGCCCUGGUCUUCGCGAACCUGGGGGCGGCCUAUGGCACGGCGAAAUCCGGGGUUGGGAUCGCCUCUAUGGGAGUCAUGCGCCCGGACAUGAUCAUGAAGUCCAUCAUUCCCGUGGUCAUGGCAGGUGUCUUGGGCAUCUAUGGGCUCAUCACGGCGGUGAUUAUCAACGGCAAGAUGGACGCCGCCAACUACUCAGCCUACUCGGGCUACGCCCACCUAGGCGCCGGCCUCACGGUGGGCAUGAGCUCCCUGGCCGCGGGGCUGGCCAUUGGCAUCGUGGGGGAUGCCGGGGUCAGGGCCAACGCGCAGCAGCCCCGGCUCUUCGUGGGCAUGAUCUUGAUCCUCAUCUUCGCAGAGGCCCUGGGCCUCUACGGGCUGAUCGUGGGUCUGGUGGUGGCCUCGACCGCAGAGGGCAAGGGCAAGGGCCUCUGCAAGCCCUACGCGUGAUCGGGACCCCGUUGAACCCGUUGCAAGGCCGGACAACUUUCAGCUCGGAGUUUUGAGUUUUGCAAAAAGGUAUGUGCCGCACCCCAUGCAGUUGUUGAGUGGCCGGCUUGAGCUUGUUUGUUUGAGUUGGUGUCAGUUGAUGUUUGCG